AUGCUGUGGUUUUAUGCUCCAUUGGGAGUUAAGGAUGGCUGGAAACAUAGUGAAAAAUACAACUGUUAUGAUUUUACAGAGCAUUGGGGGAAAAAUGUAUAUGGAUCAUUCUUUUAUAAAUUGGACGGAUUUAGGUGUUACCCAGUAUCCUGCAAGUUUUAUUCGGAAGGAAGAUUAGAACAAUUGUCGUUUGCGGAGAAAGCUCUUGAGAGAGGUGAAAAUAUUAUAGCAUUGCGAGGAAAACGCAGUGUUGUCUUGAUUGCAGAAAAAGAAAAAGAUCCAUUGUAUGUGCGAAGUAGUCUUCAGCGUUUAAAAUCAAUUAAUGAUACUAUUUGUUGUGGAUAUUUUGGUUUUUGCCCAGAUGCAAAACAUUUGAUGAGGAGAAUGCUACUUAACUGUACGCGUCAUUGGACGGAAUAUAACAGGCCAAUGCCAUUACUUCCAUUAGUAGAGAUAACAUCUGGAUAUGUACAUACCUUCACUCAAGAUACUAGUAAACGUCCAAUGGGUUGUUCUCUUGUUUUAGGAACACAUACAAAAGCGAAUGGACCACAACUCUUCGAAAUUGGUCCAUCUGGUAAAUUUUAUGAAUAUUUCGCUUGUGCUGGCGGGCGUGAUAUGACAAGCCUCAAGAAUGAAUUAAACAAGUACAAGCAUUUACUUCCAAAAAUGUCAGCGAAAUGUUUAAUUGGAGUUGGAAAAAAUAUUCUUUUGAAAAUACGAAAAAAAAGCGAAGCUCGAAAAUAUUGGAUGGAUAUUGGUGUAAUCGGUGAGGAAACCAAAAGUAAACUGGAAAUAAAUUCGAAACGGUGGAAAAAACUUCUCAGCGGAAAGGAUAAUUGUAGUAGUUCUAAUAAGGAUGAGACUACUUGUAUGGAGCUGAUUCCAAGUGAAGCUGAUGACGACGAUGAUGAUAAUAAUGCUGAAGAUGAUGAUUAUGACGAUGAUGAUGGCGAUGAUGAUGACGAUGACGAUGACGAUAUCAAUGACGAUGACGAUGACGACGAUGAUAAUGACAUUGGCGAUGACGAUGAUAAUGAUAAUACCGAGCGUGAUAAAAAGAGUACAGAAUAUGAAAAGUGCGAGAAGGAGGACACAUAACACAAAUGUGCUGAAUUACGUCCAACAAAAAGAAAUAAACGUACGAAAUAAUUAAUCGAAGAAUAUUUUUAUAAAACUAUUAUGGUCUGAGGACUCCACCUUUACGAUUUCGUUAUAUUGGAUCUAUUAUAAUUAAAUUAAUGAUAUAAAAUUGACUUGUUAUACAUUGUUUUCAUGACAUUUUAUAAUUAACAGAUGGGUAAGUCCCAUGUGUGAAACUAAUCAAGUUUUUUUUCUUCAUAUAUGUAAAAAUAUUUGAUAUAUUGAUUAGUAAUCAU